UCAAACAAUCACAAAGGAAGAAUAAAAAAAGCAAGGGAGCCGUUUCCAAGGCAUUUUCCACCUACUACUACUACUACCACCACUACCACUCGUUCAGUCGUUCUGUAAUGUGUCAAAUUGCGGCGUUCAUUAAAAACUUAGGUAAAUCAACAUAAUCAGGAAGAAGUGUCAGGGGAAACUGAUAAAAUGGAGCCCUUACUGGAUGGGGUUAUUGUUGCAUCACAGAAUUCCGGUGCUGAGUGUCUGCAGGUAUAUGAUGCUGGAACAGGAACACUUCUCAAAAGUUACAGAGGCACUGCAUGUGCAUAUUCUACUCUUUGCGCAUUAGGUAAUAGAGAAUAUUUAAUCUCUGCGCAGAGAGAUAAGCCACUUUUGCAAGCAUGGAUAAUGAACCAGUAUGAAUCUCUACAGUUACGUCUAGUUGUUCCUGGAAAAGUUUCUAGUAUGGAUGUCAAUUGUGUCGGACCUAAAUAUUGUGUUAUAGGAAUUGAUGAGAAAGUUUAUUUGUACAAAUUGACAACAGGAAGGCUUUUGGGCGUUGCAUGCCGUCACUACCAGCCUGUUACUUGUCUCAAGUUCACUCCUUGUGGUAACUAUUUUGCAUCAGGGGGUGAAGAUGGAUUUGUUUACCUUUGGGCUAUGUCUUCUUUUGUUGAUGCUUUGCACAAACAGGACAGCAUGAAGAUACAACCACAUUUCACUUUAGGACAACAUUCAGACAAGGUUACUGGUUUAACGAUAACUUCGACGGGAACUAAAGGUUUCUUAAUUUCAUCUUCACUAGAUCAUACAGCUAGAGUAUUUGAUUUGGUCACAGGAGAGACCUUGUACGAUCUUGUGACUGACAGAAGUGUUACAAGCAUAGCAUGCAAUACUCUUGGAUCUCAGAUCUUCUUAGGGCAUGAUAAUGGUACUGCAGGUGUUGUCAACCUUUUGCCUCACCCUCCCAUAGGUGAUGUUGAGGUUUUUAAAUUGGGAACGAAAUGUCAUGAAGAUGCUAUCCGUUGCAUAGCAGUAACAACAUCUGGUAAUCAAGUAAUCACUGGUGGAGAUGAUGGUGAAGUGAAAGUUUGGUCACUUACUAAUGUAGUCAAGGAAACCACAUCUUCAACUGCAAAAUACCCUCAUUUUGCUCUUCAGAGGCUUUUACACACAGGUCGAGGGGCCUGUCACAAAUUUGAUGUCACUUUAGGUGCUUCAGAACUCAAUGUACAAGAAGUGCUAGCUCCAAUUGCUCAAAAUCAAACAUCUCCACUUUUUGCUGCUGUUGUAGUGCCAAUACGGGGUCGUGGCCAAGUCCUUUCACACGAGGAGGAUUUGUUUUCCCAGGCAGCUGAUAUAAGAGCUCUGAAUUCAGCCGUUUGCCCAUUGGUUGUCAGGGGUAAACACAACAGUCAUGAAGAGACUCCCUCAGAUGCAAAAAGUAUGGCCAAUAAGCUCAAAUCAGUAAAUUCAGAAACAUACAGGUUUGCUGUUAAGAGCAUUCUUGGGGACUAGUAAUUGUUUUAGUGA